AUGGCAACAAGCAAACACCGGGAGGACACAUCCCCAGACACUAGCAGAAAGAGAGUGUGUACACACAGGACAGGCGGGAGUUCAUCAGAGGACGCGGGCAACACGGACAAGUCACUGACCAUAGCCAUACUGGACAGCACGCCUGACUCUUUAAUCCAACCUGGACAGGACGUGCAAAGUGGGCAGAACAUACAACCUGGGCAGAACAUACAACCUGGGCAGAACAUACAACCUGGGCAGGACAUACAAGCUGGCCAGGAUGUACAAGCUAGACAGGACACCCAACUUGUGCAGGAUGCUCUGUCCCUAGCCGAACUGGACAGAGAGAAUCAAGGUCCGUGGGAGGCUGAAUACAGUUAUGAAGGAGAGGCUUAUCUUCAUCAACAAUACGAAAAGUGUGUAAAGAAUCCAGGUCACAAGAAAUUUAUACCCGUAGACAAGUUCUGUAUCGACGAUCUUCCAGAGGGCUAUCGCGACAAGGACCAUGUAGAUUACAUCAAGUUAGUGUCCGACUUGACAGUUCGUGUGACAGUCACGUGUGUCAGUGACAAACGACCAGUAAUUGCUCCAGACAAUGGCAAGCCUUACCCAGGUUACCGUGUUAGGGGUCGGCGAAGAAUUACAUUUGGAACGGGAAUUGUGAUAUUUGCGAACGUUUCAAAACUCUCUCCAGAUGAUACUUGUGAAUGUAAGGAGUGUCGGAGCUCUUCUACGCCAGAGACUAACUUUGCUAAAAUUCACGUAAACACAGCAACUCAUGUUGUCUUUGAUGAGCUUGAGGCAGAACACACCACGUGCCAUUUGUUCUUUGACAAAGGUCGUAAACUGGAUGAAUGCGGAUGUGUUGUCAAACUUGCCGGCAUGUCUUAUGUGCAUAAUGAUAUCAGCAAGGACACGUGCGAAAUCAUUCACUUUACUCAUGACCUGAAACUGGCUAACAAACUUGAACAAAUGUUGGAAACAAUGGAUAGCCUAGGAGAUACAAUCUUCACGAAAAAACCCAGGCACUAUAAAUUCAAGCUGAGCCCGACAUCUAUGGACAAGCAUCCAUUAUUGUGUAUAGUGUCUCACCCACAUGGAUGUAGCAAAGAGAUCAGCUUAGGUCGGUGGAUAAGUGCAGACAAGUGGAACAAUCAACUAGUUUCCUUUUACUACACAGCGGCUACAUGUCCUGGGUCUAGUGGGGCUCAUGUUUUUGUGAUGCAGGACUUCACCGAACUGGAUAUUCCCGAACCGAUGUCGACAGAAGUUCAUUGUGGGGCGUCAGUUUCACAACCUGGCCAUAAUUACUGUAACACUGAAUCAGGUUGGUAA